AAGAUGCUUCUCUUUCCAGUUGGAUUCUGGUUUCUUGGGAACAACUUUUUCUGUUUUUUUCUCACGUAAUAUUUUGGGAAGAAAUUCUGCCAAUUCAGUGCCCUGAAUCCGUUGUUUUGAUGAAUCAAACACUUUUCUUUUUUUGGAUGCUUGCUUUUCACAUACUUUAAGAUGCUUUUGUAAUGAUUCAGGCUUAAAAGUUCUUGAGCAAACCGAGCAUGGCAGUAGAACAGGUGGAGGUUCAUCUUCGGGUUCUGCCAUUUUCGUUGCUCCGAGCAACGCACAAGACAACAGUGAUUGGGUGAGAAAGUGAUAUUGAAAACAUGUGGGGCAAAUGUGGGACGAUACAACUUCGGUUGUCAUGACAACGAAAACGCCCUGCAUAAACAAUUUAAUAUUCGUAUAAUCUGUGUUUAAGUUAGCGAAGAAAAAAUAUACCCUUUCAUCUUUGGAAUUGUGAUAAGGAAAAAAUGUCUGUAGCAACACGAAUGUCCUUGGCCGUAGGAAAACAUGUAUGCAUACCAAUCACAUUUGCACGUGUAGCACACGCAUUGCAUAAUUGAUUCCAAAAGUGCAUGAAUUAACGCGAUGGCCUCUGACAAGUAUUUGGACACCCGAGUAGUUUUCUUGUAUAUCAUUCUUUCGCACUUGUUGAAAAAAUCUUACGUGUACCAAAGAUAUAUUUCCAAUAUUGGUAGUCGUUUCAAAAUACGCGGACAGACCGGUUGCGCACUUGCAUCAUUGUUGAGUGCCUGUUUGAGUGCUGCGUCACUCUGAAGAGGGCAAGGUGUAAUACCUGCUCGAGAAGCAGCAAAAUGUGGCGAACGAGCUUGGGAAGCCUAAAAUAUGGCUCUAAGAUAGUUCGCAGUGCCUUUGAUGUUGCUCGUAUUAGGGGUAAACCAAAACAUAAAGUGUCUUUGAGCACUUCUUGUCUAAUUGUCAAUGAACCUCUAACAAAAACAUUUCAAGCUGAUGGGGUCCGGAAGAUAGUUAUGACCAGCCACAAAACAAGAAAUGCCCUUUCAUUGAGCAUGAUGGAAGAUCUUAUAGAGAGUAUAACUCACAAUCAGAAUGAUCCAUCUCUUCGUUGUAUUUUAUUAUAUGGUGAAGGUCGAGUAUUUUCUGCUGGGCACAACCUCAAGGAAUUGACUAGCAAAGAUGGAACUGAACAUCAUCAGCUUGUCUUUGCAACAUGUUCCCGUCUCAUGUUGGGCAUUAUGCAGAGUCCUGUGCCAGUUAUUGCUGUUGUUCAAGGGCUUGCAGCAGCAGCAGGAUGCCAACUUGUGGCUACAUGUGACAUAGCAGUUUGCACAGAGAACAGUUCAUUUUCUACUCCUGGUGCUAAUUUUGGAAUAUUUUGCUCAACUCCUGGAAUAGCUGUUGCUAGAGCAGUUCCCAGAAAAAUUGCUGCUCAUAUGCUUUUCACUGGAUUACCCAUCACAGCAGAAGAGGCCUUACAAGCUGGACUUGUUAGUAAAGUUGUGUCACAGGAUUCUUUGGAGGAAGAAGUUCACAAAAUUGUGGAUUCAAUAUGUGCCAAAAGUCGGUCUGUGUUAGAACUGGGAAAAAAAUUCUUGUACCAACAAUUGGAAACUGACAUCAGAACUGCUUACAGGUUGGGAGAAGAAGUUAUGGUUAAUAAUUUAGGUUUAGUAGAUGGUCAGGAAGGCAUUCGUAGCUUCAUGGAGAAAAGAAAAGCUUGCUAUGCUAUGAACUAUCGCACUGAUCAAUUGUCGACACAAGCUAUGGCUGCAACAAUACGAAGCAUUUCAGUUGAGAUGGCCAGAAAACGUAACUUCGAGAGCUGGGCUCACGAAGAGAUCAACGAAGAUAAUAAUCCAGAAGUUUGGUUAGCACUACACUGUGAAGAGUCCUACAAUACUGAAUAUAGCACCUCGGAAGAUGAAAAACCGGAAGAACCAGAAAUUGACAUGGAAACUGGGAUUUUAGAAUCUCAUUAACAAUGAAAUAUUGACAGUGAAAUAUUGUUUCAUCGUAAUAAUGGAUAAGUGGCAAUUACUCUUACAGCUUAGUAACUGUAAUCCUCUUUGCACUGUUUCAUCACUACAUUUUAGUACUUCAAGUUUUCAAAUAAACGAUAAUAUGGAAGAAUAUUAAUAAUUUGCCAAAGCACAUUGCAUACUUAAUUAUUGCGGGGUGCGAUCUAACGCAAGAGAUGCAUAAACAGACGCGCGCACGAAAACACACAUAGCACACCCACAAACACACACACACACACAUUCGUGCGCACAAACACACA